AACCUUUCUUCAAAUGACGCAUCCAACAGACUCAAUAAAUUCAUUCCUAUGAGGGGGUAAAUAAAGCACCUGCAAUUGAAAACAACGAGAACGUGAAGGAAAAGUUCCUUCGUCACAGGAAGUCACAUACAAGGAACUACGUGAAACGGAAUUCUUAAAAUUCUUACACACGACUUUGGAGCGCAAAUUUUUCUGUUCAGUGUUACGUUUUUCCUGUUAAUGAAAGAGCAAUGGGAAAGAAAAGAUUUUUAAGGAAGGAGACGCUCAUAAUAGACGUGUUUUUUCUCAUCUCUGAUGUCACACGAGCCUACAACAUCUACGCGUGGCGGCCACGAAAUUGGCGAAUAUUAUGUCACCCGAACAACCGGAACUAGCUUCUAGUUUCCUGCUUUGUGCGCGGUCAAGGACGUAGUAAACAAAGCGAUCAGAAUGACCAAUAUUGCAUCAGGGAACUCUGUCCGUACAAAAGAUGACAUUUCACGGUUAUUUUGCCGCUAAUAACAACUGCAAAAUCGUUCAUCUGUGGGCCCCAAAUGGUGUCCAUACACAAAAAGAACUGUGAAGUCUUAUUCCCAUCAGGAAACCGCGAAAGCCUUCGUGUUUUGCCAUGGAGGAUAGUAAUUCUGUCAAAGUCCCGAUACUGUUAGUGACGGCUAAUGUUGGCUCUCUGUUCGAGGACGUGAAAAGCCUUUUGCCGGGAUGGGUUCGGGAAAUGCAGCAAAAAAUCGCUGCACUCGACCACCCAAAGUUCAUCGCAUUUCAUUUUCAAGAGAUCGGGGGUAAAUUGCCUCAAGCGGCCUUGGACAGUGUACAUCAAAUCACAAACCAACUCUUGUGCAGCCAGAUCUUGUCAGAGUACAGUACAGUCGUUGGAUACUUCGAUCAGGACUACAAAAACGAUGAAAAGUUUACGGCGCUUGGAGCACUAUUCCUUGUUCAUAAAUCUCUGAGGAAUAUUGCUAUUUGGAAUUAUUCAGAUUGCCGGUUUGAAAAAUUGAAGCAAGGAUUGCAGAUACAUACAUCUAACCUGGAUGCUUUGGAAACUAUUGACAAAUUAAAAUAUCCCAAAAGAUUUUUUCCUCAGAUGAAAUGGUCAAGAAAGGGAUAUUUAAAAACAAAAUGGAGGAUAUCUGGAACGAUCGUGAACCUGAUUAAUAUUCACCUCUUUCAUGACCCAUCAAAUUUGGUUUCCAUGGAGUCGAGUCCUUCUGUGUAUGCAAAAAACAGACAGAAUGCCUUUGAAUAUGUAUUGCAAGGUCUUGGCAAAGACCACAGUCCAGCUUUUAUUUUUGGUGACUUUAACUUUCGACUGGAUCAAUGCAAAUUUUUAAAGAUGAUAUCCAAACACUGUUCUGUAAAAACAACAUAUACGGAUGGAAAUGAAGAACUUUCAAAACUUGUUGUCGUUGAAAAAAAACAUCCAGAAAAGGUUCGUCUGGUUGUUGAGCCCUCAAAGUUUUUUUUACACUUUCAACAAGUUUUGGACAACAAUGCUUCAAAACUUCGAAAAUUCGACAAAGAAGUUCAAACGUUUAGGAGAUGGCUAUAUGAGUUUCCCAUCGAGUUUCCUCCAUCGUAUCCGUUUAAAGAGGAUGCUGAGAUCACAAAACCCUUGUAUUUGGAAAAAAGGUGUCCCUCUUGGUGUGACAGAGUUUUAUUGACACAUAAUUGCAAAGAAAUAAUUUUGGAAAAACAUUUAGCAAAAUAUGACUUGGAUGGUCUGAACACGUGUAUGGGAGACCACAAGCCGGUUUCAUUGUAUUUAGUCGUUGCUGGCAACGAAGACUCUUCGGUAGACCCUGUUGACGUGGUCGAUCCCGGAGUCCCCAUUUUGAUGCUGGAGACAUCGGUAUAAUAUAAUCGAUUAGUUUUCUAAAUAUAACAUAUUUAAUUUGAAAUUACCUGUAUAUAUUUAUAUAUUGUCUCAAUUUGAACAUUAUUGAGUUGCUUUUUUGAGACUUGAAAUA